AUGGCUUCAACAGCCACAAUGUCAUCUCAACAAACAUCAAUGAGUAGUUCAAUGAUCGGCUCAACAGCGUCAAUGUCAUCUCAGCCAAUAUCAGUGAGCAGCUCUACUAUUGUGUCCACAGCAACGAUGUCCCUUCAGCCCACAUCAAUGAGUAGUUUUAUGAUCGGUUCAACGGCAACAAUGUCAGCUCAACAAACAUCAAUGAGUAGUUCAAUAAUGGCGUCAACAGCAGCAUUGUCAGCGCAACAAACACUGAUGAGCACUUCGAUGAUGAGUUCAACAGCGGUGCCGCAAACAUACUCUUCUGGGACGAGUUCGAUGUUUAGUUCAACUGUCAGUGUACGAAGUCAAACAUAUUUUUGGAUGAGCAGUUCAAUGUUCGUUUCCACACUCACAAUGUUAUCUAAAACGAACGCUUCGGUGGGCAGCUCAGUGAUUAGUUCCACGGUCACAAUGCCGACUCAGUCGUAUUCAUCGUUCAGAACUUCAGCGGUUAGUUCGACGGUGACGGUGGUGUCCGACAGCAAUUUGUGGUCGGCCGUGAGUGCGGAAGACGUUGCAGGAACAGGAUUCUUCACUUUGAAUACUAAUGUGUUCAAUAGCAGCGUCGAUUCGCAGUUGUCAGCUACAAUUAGUUCAGUAGCUGCAGGAUCAUCUGACGCAGAAAGCGCAGGUAAAAUAGAGGUAUUAGUGUUCGAUUGUGCACUAUGA